AUGCGCGAGCGUUCCGCCCCCAAGCCCAGCACCGCUCGCCGCUCGCCGCGACACGUCUCCGCCUGGCGAGUCAACCGUUCCGCUGCUCAGCGCCGUCGCCUUAGUUACCUAACCGCGCCCACCCUCGCCGUCCGCAUCCACUCCGUUAAUUUGGCCUGGCUCGCGCAUCCUGCCACUGCCCAGCGCCGCGUUCCACCUGCUUGGUUCGAUCCAGCGGCUCCACCGACUGAGCCGAUCCCACACGCCGAGCCUGGCGCGCCGAUUGACAUAACCGCUGCCCGCCGCUCCACCGAGAAGCUGGCUUCCCUACAGACGCCUCCUCCUCUCCCCAACUGCCCCAACUCGUCCUCCGCCGACGACCGCGACCGCGAGAGCACCCUCGACCCCACUCCCGUCACCACUCCCGUCUUCCGCCACCCCGAGCCCGCCUCUGGCCCACCCACGAAGGAGAAGGACCGCCACUUCUCCUGCCAACGCACGCCUUGGGCCCAGCCCGACCACCUCCAGCACUCCGACCCGCUCGAGCUGGACGCGGACAUAUUGUUUGACCACCUCGCCGACUGCACGCUCCCGCUGCUUCCCGCAUCGCCUCCGCCUCCGCCUCUCCGGAUCGGGCAGCAACUGUUUUCGCACCACCAGCCAACCCACCGUGCGGCACAGAUGGCGGCCAUCGACGGCCCCGUGGACAUUGCCACGUCCCGGCAGAACUCGACCUCGCCGCGGAAUCAGACAUCAACCCUCAGCGCUGCUCUUCAGGGAGCUGCAGCCCAGCCCAUAGCCACGCCGACCUCGGCCCCGAGGAGUGGCAAUGAUGCUCGCCUAAGCAUAGGCGGCCGGCAAGACUCCAUCAGCCACAUUGGCUCAUACUAUGGCACUGGCGCUCGCCCCAUAUCCAUGAAGGAUCGCCCGCGGCGAGAAAGCACUACUGCCGGCAGCCUGCUAAACGGCAUGAGCUGGGGCGGUGUCUCCGUUGGCAGCUGGAUCCGAGACGAUAUCGUGAUGGCUGGUACGUCUCCAUACGCCUUUGGACGCUCUCCCUCCUUCCAUUCCUCGUCGUAUCUGCCAAAGAUGGAGGCGAAUUUCAUGAAGGACUUCAACUGCUGCGGUCUCACGCUCGAUUCACUGCACGAACUGCUGCAGCACUUCGAAGAGUGCCACGCCGCACCGUCGGCAACCAUGCAGAGGCCAUCGAUAUCCGGCCAGAGCGGCUUCAGCAAUGGCGGACGGAAUUCCAUCACUUCCGCCGGCGGAAUCAACCCCCAGCAGGCUGAAAACCAGCAAAUGCCCCAGCAGCAGAACGGCUUCAGGCCCCAGCAGUUUCAAAACCAGCAGUUCACAAGCAAUGGCUUCAACAAGAGCCAGCUCUCGACCGUGCAAGAUAUGGACACGCUGGAGGAUAUGGAGAUGGAUGACCCGCAGACGCCGAUGGGUGGACCGCCCUCGCAGUUCAGCUCGCAACCGCCGCAGUUUGGCCAGAACAACGACCGGCAGCCGCAGCUGAACAUUAACCUUGCAAACAAUGUCCAAAACCAGGCCUUCAGGACAUCGACGCCGACGACGCCCAACACCAACCAUCCCAACUUCCCUCUGCAAAACAACCCCACCGUUUCCUCAGUCAACACGCCGACGCUUGGCGGUGCUGGGCAGUCGCAGAGAACGCCGGAUUCGUCGGUGCCGGGCACUCCCGGCGAGUUUGACCAGGACCUCGGCAACUACUUUGGCGGGCUGCCCAUGGGCAUGAACGCGCAGAUGAUGCAGGGCAACAACAUGGAGUUUGGAAACAUGGGCUUCAACGCAAACGGCUACGACGGCUUCGACGGCACAAUAGAUCAGCCGGCUAAGCGGCUGUACAGCAAGCAAGGCGGAGGUCUGACGCCACAGCAACUGCAAUAUGCGCUACGGCAAGGAAAGCUUGGCACGGACAGCGAGCUCGCCAAGCAGAUGCGGGCACAGCAGCUGAUUAUGGCGAACGGUGGCGUUUUCCCCAGCGAGGAGAUCAAGCCGUUCAAAUGCCCGGUGAUUGGGUGCGAAAAGGCUUACAAGAACCAGAACGGGCUGAAGUACCACAAGCAGCACGGACACCAAAACCAGCAACUCAAGGAAAACGCCGACGGCACCUUUUCGAUUGUCGAUCCGGAGACUUCCGUGCCAUAUCCUGGCACCGUCGGCAUGGAGAAGGAAAAGCCGUACCGUUGCGAGACAUGCGGCAAGCGGUACAAGAACCUCAACGGGCUGAAGUACCACCGCGCGCACUCUCCGCCGUGCAACCCGGACCUCAAGCUCAAUGCGAUGAACCUGCUCAACGCCGCGAACCUGCAAGGCAUGAACGUCAACGUUGCCGGCGCAGGGAUGGCAGGGAUGGGCGACGGCAUGUUCUGA